GUAACUACGACUUUCUCCAUCCCCUCCCACGUUAUCAUUCAAUGCUCUGUUUCUGUUUCUGUUUCUUCACAUCUUUGCUCUGAACUCUCUCCCUCUCUCUCUCUCUCAUUGAUUCAGCAGCUAUGAACGCUCUCGCAGCCACCAACCGCAACUUCAAACGCGCCGCUCGCAUUCUCGGUUUGGACGCCAAGCUUGAGAAUAGCCUUAUGAUCCCCUUCAGGGAAAUCAAGGUUGAAUGCACGAUCCCAAAAGAUGAUGGAACUCUGGUUUCCUAUGUUGGUUUCAGGAUCCAACAUGACAAUGCUCGUGGUCCUAUGAAAGGCGGAAUCCGUUAUCACCCUGAGGUUGACCCAGAUGAAGUGAAUGCUCUAGCUCAGUUAAUGACAUGGAAGACAGCCGUAGCUGACAUUCCGUAUGGAGGAGCAAAGGGUGGAAUUGGUUGCAACCCGAAGGACCUGAGCCUUAGCGAGCUAGAACGUCUCACUCGUGUUUUCACCCAAAAGAUCCAUGAUCUCAUUGGAGUUCAGAGGGAUGUUCCUGCCCCUGACAUGGGAACUAAUGCACAGACAAUGGCUUGGAUCCUUGAUGAGUAUUCAAAGUUUCAUGGGCAUUCACCAGCAGUUGUGACUGGAAAGCCUAUUGAUCUUGGAGGUUCAUUGGGAAGAGAAGCUGCCACAGGACUUGGAGUGAUUUUUGCAACAGAGGCUUUAUUUGCUGAAUAUGGGAAGUCAAUUUCUGACAUGACAUUCGCCAUCCAGGGGUUUGGAAACGUGGGUUCUUGGGCUGCUAGGUCAAUUUUUGAGAGAGGGGGUAAGGUGGUCGCUGUGAGUGACAUCAGUGGUGCUAUCAAAAACCCAAAUGGAAUUGAUAUCAAAGCUCUUCUGAAACACAAGGAAGGCAAUGGAACUUUGAAGGACUUCCCAGGAGGAGAUGCCAUGGAUCCAAAUGAGUUACUUGUUCAUGAAUGUGAUGUUCUCAUCCCAUGUGCCUUGGGAGGUGUUCUCAACAAGGAAAAUGCUGCUGAUGUGAAAGCGAAAUUUGUAAUAGAAGCAGCAAAUCAUCCCACUGACCCAGAUGCUGAUGAGAUUUUGUCUAAGAAAGGAGUCGUUAUACUACCGGACAUAUAUGCCAAUGCCGGUGGAGUGACUGUGAGCUACUUUGAGUGGGUUCAGAACAUUCAAGGAUUUAUGUGGGAUGAAGAAAAAGUGAACAAAGAGCUGAAAAAUUACAUGACUAGAGCAUUCCGGAACAUAAAGGCAAUGUGUAAGAUUCAUGACUGCGACUUGCGUAUGGGAGCCUUCACUCUUGGAGUCAACCGCGUUGCUCGUGCUACACUUUUGAGGGGUUGGGAAGCUUAAGGAAAGACAAGCAUCAUAGUUUGUUAAACAAAUUUGCUAACUUAAACUGUUUCCUUUCCUACUCCUUUUAAUAUCUAUUCUCAAAUAGGCUAUUUUUUUUGGGUUCAGUUCUUUGUUAUCUGAGUUUAGUAUAGUUUUCUAUGGGAUUUUAGCAUUGUUGAAUCAGAACAAUAUAUGAUAUUACAGUCAGAUAUGUUUCUUUAUGUUGCUCUCAGAUUGGAUUUUGAGUUAUUAAUUGUAUGCUAAUCAGCUUUCACCGCUA